CGCGUCCCGUGUCCCGCAAUGUUAAGCGGUUUAAAUAACUACUGAGUUUCCGCACCUAUGACUUCAUUCGCCUACGAUAACCCAGGGUGUGAAGUGUGCUGUAUUGUGAUGUACCGUGUCACACCGGGCGGCGUUCCGUGCGCGAUUUGUUGACAAAAGCUUGCCGAAUUCUGACACUCGUGUAACGUCGAAGUGAAAGCAGUACAUUACUCGUCAACGAUAUGAUUGCGGGAUCGUUUGUCGAGCUGGAAUCUUGACCAAGCCGAGCCCAGCACGGAUCUAGCUUGCUGACGACUCGGUGGACGAGUAAACGAGAGGGGUGAUAUUUCACGUUCGUUUACGGACGCAUGUAUACAUGUGUAUCGACAUACGUGUCAUAUGUAAUACCUGUAACGUGAGCGCGUGUGUUUUGGAGAGAGAGACUCAACGGUAUUAAAAAGGGAAGGAGCUACCGCGCUGGGCUAGUGGAAAAGAGAGAGACACAGAGUUGCGGGUUUGUACAGUGUGUGCUUGGCUCUCUUUCUCGCCAAAAUGAAAAUGGCGUUGGUCUGUUGAACGGAAUGGGCCGCCGCCAAAGAUGCUCGCGGUUCUAACGGGCACGUGAAAUUUGUGCGCGCGUCGAACCAGGUGAUCACAGGUCGAUAUAAUUCUCUGUGCCGUAUGAGUGAUAAAUAGAUAAUAAUCGGACGUAACCGAUGGACAUAUGAGGGUUAAAAAGUUACGAUGAAGUGACGAACGGAGCUAGGACUAGGACUAGCAGGGCGACGACAACGACUAGGCAACAACGACGACGACGACGACAACGGCAACGACGACUGUGCGUCUCAAGUGUCGGCUAAAGUCCCCUAGUUGUGGCGCGAUUGUGCGCGUUUGCAAGGGAGAGCGCCGAUGCCGGCCGAAUACUACGAAGAUUUUAAAACAAAUUUUCAAAGGGCGUUGCAAAUCGAUUCUCAAGACUCGUGCAACAUGACUGCAAACAUGUACCGGGUUGGAGACUAUGUGUAUUUUGAGACGUCGUCAACCUCACCCUAUCAGAUUCGUAGGAUAGAAGAAUUGAACAAGACGGCGAGUGGAAAUGUUGAAGCAAAGGUGAUGUGUUUCUUUCGGCGCCGAGACCUUCCAUCAACUUUAAUUAUGCUUGCGGACAAACAUCAAUUGGCAAGUGUGGAGCAGCAAAGGUCAGAUUCCCCUGCUGUCACCCAGAUUCAAAAACUGGAUAAUCCGGAUUCGACUAAGGACUUAACUGGUAGAGAUAGCAUUGGGAUGGGCCCUAAAUCGACAGCAAAAUCAGGAGGUAAAGGUGGUUGGCUAAAGGCUCCGCUUUCAGAGGCCCAGGAGCCCCACGGUGUGGACGAAGGGUCCGUAGGAAGUGGGGGAGUAGGCGAUCUUAGCGUCAAGCAACGACACCAGAUGAAACACCGAGAGUUGUUUUUGUCACGCCAGGUUGAUACGAUGCCUGCAACUCAUAUAAGGGGAAAAUGUUGUGUUACUUUGUUGAAUGAGACAGAGUCUUUGCUAAGUUACCUAAACAAAGAAGAUUCCUUUUUCUACUGCCUCGUUUUUGAUCCGGCGCAGAGAACUUUACUCGCUGACAAAGGGGAAAUCAGGGUUGGUAGCCGCUACCAGGCUGACGGAAUCGCUUCCGCUCCUUUGACAACGGUAGAAAGAGAAACAGACCCACGAAGACUCCAGGAUCUAGAAACAUUGGUUUGGACUCCUCGCCAUUCACUGACCGAUCGUCAAAUAGAUCAAUUUCUUGUCGUCAGCCGCUCAGUGGGCACAUUUGCUCGUGCCCUAGAUUGCUCUUCUUCCGUUAAACAACCUUCUCUUCACAUGUCUGCGGCUGCUGCUUCUAGAGAUAUUACGCUUUUUCAUGCCAUGGACACUCUGCAUCGGCACAACUAUGACGUUGCAAAAGCCAUGUCGUCGUUAGUGCCCAGUUCCGGUCCUGUAUUAUGCAGAGAUGAAAUGGAGGAAUGGAGCGCCUCGGAGGCAAACCUCUUCGAAGAGGCUCUUGACAAGUACGGCAAAGACUUUUCCGACAUUCGCCAGGACUUUCUACCCUGGAAAACAUUGAAAAAUGUAAUCGAGUACUACUACAUGUGGAAGACAACGGACCGUUAUGUACAGCAAAAACGUGUCAAAGCGGUAGAGGCUGAGAGUAAGCUGAAACAAGUAUAUAUACCAAACUAUAAUAAACCACCAUCGGGUACUGGGUCGGCACCUUCGACCACCACUGUAAUACCGUUAGGAAACAACAACAACAAUAGCAAUGGGAAAUUGCCAAAUAUACUCAAUGGCAGUAGUAAUGGCAACGUCCCCGGAGAUGUAGGGGCGCUACUGGUACCCGGUGUUGGUAGCAGUAAAGCGUGCGAAAGCUGCCAAGGCAUGCAAAGCGGACAGUGGUACGCUUGGGGGCCGUCCCACAUGCAGUGCAGACUCUGUCAGUCUUGCUGGACUUACUGGAAGAAGUACGGAGGUCUCAAGGUACCGUCGCGCAUAGAUGAUGCGGACUCUGAGAGGAAACGAGUAGGAUCUGCCGGUGCGGGAGCAGGUGGUGCUGGUUCCGAUGAAGAGGGUAGAGGAACCGUAGGCGCCCACAGGCCGCAUCGAUGCAGUAUACCGUCUUGCGGGAAAGAAUUCAAAUUGAAGGCCCACCUGAGCCGACACUACGCGAGCGCGCAUGGCGUCGACCUGCGCGGGACGGGCGUUGGCGUCGGCGUCGGAGGUGGUGGAGGUGGAGGCGGAGGUGCAGGGGGUGGUUCGCCGCGUCCGGUCAUGAAGACGCGAUCCGCUUUUUAUUUACGCACUUCCGCGCUAGCGCGUGCGGCGCGUAGGCUUUGUGCUGCGCAAUUGCGUACCCGUCACGCUGCUCGUGCACCCCAUCAACCGGUCAAUGCCACACCUCUCAGACAUUUAUGCACCUCGCCGCAAUUGGCCACUAAAACUCCCGGGGAACUAAGAAUCCUUGCCAGAGCAACGCGACCCAGACCACGUCCUCGCGUAACUGACAUUGCUACGCGACUCGGCGAUCAUCCCUCUCCAAGGCAACCUGGCGAUUGGGAUUGGCUCACCCUUACAGCACCUGCUCAACGGAAACAACCGGAUCGCGUCUUCUUUCCAAGACCUCCCAAGGCGCCUGACGGCAGCCUUCUGUACGAGAGAGUUCCCAAUAAACCUGAGGCUGACAGGCUACCUUUGACUCCUCAACCCCAGCCGUCGCUACAGGUGCAGCAGACUAUUCUUAAACGCACACGACCGCCGUUUGAUGAAAUAAAUGGGUCCGAUGGCUUUUACUCGGAUGUGGACUGGGACGAAGGAAUCGCUCUGAAUGCUGGUCUUUCUGGCGGUCCACCUGCGAAAAGAGCUCAUCAUUCACAGCAGCUGCAGCAUUCUAAGAGUACCUUGGAACACUCAACUCCCGCGGCAAUGCCUUUACCUUCUCCACUAAAUGGUAGAGCGGCACCUCAUCCACCUACUCAUCUCCAUGGAGGUCAACCACCAAUUUCUCGAAGCAACGCACGAAAACAAGUUAUCUCUUGGAUGGAUGCCCCUGACGAUGUCUACUUCCGGGCCUCCGAUCAGGCCAAGAGAGUUAGAAGAACGCUUUCGUCGGUGGAACUGAGACGGGCGGCGCGCAAGCCGUGGCGUCGACUGCCGCCUCCUCACCAUCCGGCACCUCCUGUUCAAAAGGCUCAACGAGGCGACGACAUGGUCGUCAUUCUUGAUUAGAUGUCGUGAUAAUGGUGAAGAUGAUGAUGAUGAUGAUUACAACAAUAAAUUUUGAAUGCUCUAUAUUGGGGCUUACCGAUCGGCAAGGAGUUGAGAAAUAAACUUCAUUCAACGUUAAUACCAGGGAAUAGAUAAAUUACCAUAACUGCUCGACUACAUCUCAAAUUAUGUUGUGCGUCGAGAUAUUCAUAAGCUCUCACUUGUCUGUCACCUUGUCUUCUUUGUGAUUACACAGAAUCUCUCAAUUCAUGUGAACACCAUUCAAGAAAUGUUGGUAAUUCUUGAUAUUACAGUCCCAAUGGUCACACGGCAAUACUGGCAUUAACGUCGACUUCAAAUAGUAAAACGAGUUAUUCGUAGUAAUCGAUUAUCGUUGUUAUUGAUAAUAAUGAUUAUUAUUAACUGAAUGUACAUAUACAUGUCUACAAACGUACGGAAGCAGGCUCGUCAAUAGAAGCACAUAUAACUGAUACAUCUAUUAUCCAUCCUCUACAUACGCGCAGUAAUAUGCCAUCAGUGAAUAUAAUUGACUUGAAGAACUUUAAGCGACGUUGGUUUUGAAGCUGAUAACACUUGGCUCAUGUGCGUGUUUAAAUAUUGAUGGGCAAAUUUUGCCUGAGUUGACCGUUAUAUAUUAGAUGCGGGAUGAAACAAAUGCGAGUGAAAGCGCAAGAAUGAUGAUUGUGAAUAUUUUUAUUAAAUUUUCAAGUUUGAUGACAUCCGUCGCAAAAAUAAACAAAUACAUAUACUUAAGGACAA